UGGGAACAACAGUCAGAAUAUGAGGAUAUCUCUUGAAACAGUUGAAAUGAAACGCCAAACGCGAUAACAGUAAUUCGAAUUUCGAUAUUGUCGCUUUAGAUCCUCCAUGAAUCACAAUUAUAUAGUGUUUUGUAGCUGAAGUUCAAUAUCUAUUUUGUAAGGUAUAGCCUUAGCCAGAAAUGGCAGAAUCUGAACUACUCGAGGAUCCAAAUGCAGUAUGGACAGUAAAAAGAAGAGUAGAUGAUAUUAAAUCAUCUGUUGUUUUUGAUGUCGAUAAAGAACCUAAAUCAAGGCCCUCAAAUAAAAAAAAACCAAAACUUUUUACUUCCAGCUAUUUACAACUGACUUCAGAUACACAAGAACAUAGAACACCUAUAGGCCUACAGAAAUCAUAUCAUGGAGUUGUUUACCAAAUACAGUGGAUGAUGGUAGUUGCACUCGAAGCUCAGGAGAGAUCAAAAUAUAAAAAAUGUGGAACUUUUAAAUUCAAGACAGAAGAUCCAGACGCUGGAAAAUUCGAUGAUUUGGUUUGGAGCUAUAAAACUGAUCAGCCAAAUUCAUAUGAGUUUAAUUUUUUACAAGCUAAACAUAAAUUGAACAAAGAAGAAAAAAUUGAUAUUAAGGACUUAAUCAAUCUCCAACAAAAGGAAAACUCCUUAAAAUCAAAUAAUAAAGACAAACGUCCAUUUGCUUUAGAAAAAUACUUUCUUUCAUACAAAAAUGAAAUAAAGGAAAAUUAUAGUCAUAAAGGUAAAAUAAAUAAACUAAUUAUUGCUACAAACGUUGAUUUUGUUAAUGAUCUGAAAAGUAGCUUUGAUCAACUACAAGAUAAUAUUCCAAUCUUAGAGUUAAUAAAUAAAAAAAUUGGAAAUUGGAAAUUUAAAAAGGGUGAUUUUCCUUAUCGGAAAAAAAUAAUGGAGCAACUAGAAAAUACAUAUGAUUUAAUUAAGAUAGUAAAGAAUUUGAGAAAAUGUGUACUAGAUGAUGAACCUAUAAAGAAGGAUAGCACUCUUAACAGCUAUUUGAGUGCUCUAGAAAGCAAUAGAGUAAUUGAACCUUCCGGAAAAUUUCAUUCUCAUUUUAUACAAGAUCAUCAAGAUUUGCCUAAAGAAGCAAAACAACUUAGAGCAGCUUUUUUUCAAGAAACAUUUAUUAGUACAAGAGAGUCUUUAGGUUUUGAUGUUGAUUAUAAAAUAUCCUGUCCUGAAGAACUUGCUGAGCAAAUUGCUUCACAAAUUAUUCAAUCAUAUAAGGAUUCUAAAAAUAAAGUUACUAUCUUUAAAACACAAAAGGUACUAGACAUUUAUAUUGAUAAUCUGGCAGGAUAUGUUCUCAUUGAGAAAAAAGGUAUAAUACGAUUCAAUUCUAAGUUUUGGGCAUUAGAAGAUAAUCAGCUACCAAGUGAGAGUAUAAAAAUGUUUAGAGAUAAGUUAAAAUUUCAACUUGAGUUUAAAAUUAAAAAUAUAAAAAGUGAUCAAUUAAAAAUGUUAAAAAAACAAGAAUUAGAUGUCAUUAUUAAUCAAUUCAAAGAAUAUGAGUUCAAUAUUGGCAGUAAGGGCACUUUUCGGACUUGUAAAGAAAUGUUAGGAGAUAAAGAUGCUUUUUGGAAAAGUGUAGAAAGCUUUAAAUUUAAUCAAUUUGAACGACCUUACUCUGAUCAAUUAUCUGCUAAAUUACCAAGCUAUGAAUUAAAAGACAUAGAAAAAGAUAUAAACAAUUUUUUUAAUCAGUUAGUAUUUGUAGUUAAUUGUUCUCAAGAAAUGUUAAAUGAAUUUAUCAAAAAAAAAUGUUCUUGGUUUGUAGGAUUUGAAACCGAUUACAUUGCAUAUGAAUUUCAAACAAAAAUAGGUGAUGCUUUAAACUUUGAAACAAAAGAAUUUAUUUCAACAGCUGACAAUGUUUCACAAUUUUUUGAUAACGCUAAACAACAAAUUGAUCGACUUAUACUUAUUGGUCCUAGUUUAGUAUAUCGUGCAAAUAUUAAAGAAUUUGGUAUUGAUUUUAAGAAAGAUACUUUGAAUGAAUUAUGUAAAUUUUUAAAUAAUCAAACCACUAAACAAAUUUUUAAUGUUGUUAAUCAGCAAACUAAAUUAGGUUCUAUUAAAGUGCAUCAAAUCCUGGAAUCUAAACAUGUACAUAAUUCAUAUAAAAUGGAUAGUAGUUAUAUUUUUAUUAGUUUAAAAUCUCUUUUACGUCUACAAGACCUUGUAAUAACAGCUUUCGAAUCCGUAACAUCAAGCCAUUUGCUAAUUAUUGAAUGUGAAACUGUGGAGAUAAAUUUGGAUAAACUUCACUCACGAUUAUUACAAGUAAUUAAGUCCAAUAAUAAAAAAAAAAUUAUUCUUAUCACUCAAGAAAAUGAUUAUCUAGCAGGUAAAUUUAAAAAUAAUUCUUCUAAUUAUGAUAGAUAUAAAGAUGAAAGAAAUAGUUUAACUGAUCUUACUAAUGAUUCACAAAAAAGCCUUCUAAAAAAAAGAAAAUUUAUGUUUCAAGGAAAGGAAGUAAGUUUAGAUACAUUAAUAGAUGAUGAGUCAAAACUUUUAAUAGAUGGAGGAUUAUUGUAUAAGCUUAUUAAUAAUGAGGAGAUAAAGAUAGGAAAAGCGCUCACAGAUUUUAAGUAUGAUGACAUUAAGUACUAUUAUAUUGACCGAAUAUUUAAUCGCCAAGUUAAUAAAAUUAAGAAAGAUUUAAAAAAAAUGAGAUCUAAGUUAUUUGUGACUGAUGGCAAUAAAAUAAAUGAGCAAGAGCUUAAUAAAUAUAAUGAUAUUGUAUUAAUUUCUGAUACAGGUGAGAUUUUUAAGGAGAUAUGUAAUAAGUACGAAAAAUGUAAUAUUCAUUGGCUCAAAGAGGAAGGAGAUGAUUUUAUAUGGAAGAAAUCUCAUGGUACUUUAUCUAAAUUACGUGAAAUUUUAGAUAAAAAUAAACAAAGUAUUCAGGAGUAUAAACCAGAUAAAAUUACUGAUAUAACAGACAGAGUAGUCAUUCUUACUGCAAAACCUGGUAUGGGUAAAUCUACUGUGUUGAAUCAUUUAGCAUUAAAGACAAAAGAAUGUGAACCUGACUCUUAUUUAUGGGUUAUAAUGAUUAACUUAAUUGAUUAUUCAACUGAAUUAGAAAGAGAAAAAGAAAAAGAGAAAAAGAUACAAUUUAACGAAGUAGAAGCUAUAAAGUUCUUGUACAAGGCUGUAGGAUUUCAACUCUUUAAAAAAGAAAACCAAAAAUCAGCAGACAAAAUUAUAGAAAACGUCCUCAAUGCUAUAAUUAUACGAGAUGGUAAAGUAGGUUUGGAAUUUCACGGAGUAGGAAUUCAAGAUCUAAACUUAUUAGAAAUAAGACUAUUUAAUAACUUCUAUAAUCAAGGGAAGAUUGUUUUACUGUUUGAUGGAUUUGAUGAGAUAAGUCCCGAUUAUGAAGAAAUAACUGUUAAGUUACUACAAGUUCUAAAAAACACCAAAGUAAAAAAGUUAUGGAUAACCAGUCGACCUUAUGUUAAAUCACUAGAAGAUCAACUAGGUGUGUUUUCAUAUUCAUUAAAGCCGUUCCUGGCAGAACAACAGUAUGAUUUUUUAAAACAAUUUUGGAAAACUAAGUUGAAUAUCUAUGAGUUAAACGAGCAACGGUUAGUAGUUUUUAUUGGUGAAUUACUAGAAAAGCUCCCUGAAUCCAUAGAUUUAAUGAGUAUACCACUUCAUGCAUUUAUGGUUGCUGAAGCUUACAAAGACGCGUUUAAGGAUUUUUAUGAUUCUAAUGAGCAAAACCUUUCUAAACAGAUAAUUGAAAAGCAAGAUUUGGUUACUUUGUAUGAGAAGUUUAUUAACAUUAAGUUUCAUAAAAUUCGAUUUGGAGAAAAGAAGUCUGGUAUAAAUACUUCUAGCAUAGAUAUAAAAAUAAUGAUUGAAAGGGAAUACAAUAAAUGUAUAAAAGAUCAUAGAAUAUUAGCUUUAUAUGCAAUAUUUAACGAAGAUGAAGUAAGGAAAUUGAUGUCUCAAAAAGAAAUAAAAAAAGUAUCUAGAUUAAUUGACGAGGUAAAACUACGGAAUGAAAAAACAGGUAUUAUUGAACGAGUUGUUGAUAAUAAGCCUAGAUUCGUUCAUCGUACUUUUGCUGAAUAUUUUGUUUCCAAUUACUUUUGGGAAAAAUUUAAAUCAGUUCAAUUAGAUGAAUAUAAAAACUUUAUUAAAAUAUUUAUAAUUAAAAAUCUAAUUAAAAACGAUAGGAUACUAAUUUCUAAGUUUCUUCAAUUAAAAGCAAAAAAAGAUUUACCUUAUGACCGGGAUAAGCUUAGAAUCCUAUUAACAAAUCUUCUUGACCAAACAAAAAUGUAUAAUUAUAGAAAAGAUAAUAAACAAUCCACUAAACUGUUAUUUGGGAUAAUUGAGUUUUCUAUGUUGAUACACGAAGAUAUUCUAGACGUUAUUGAGGACUGUGAUAAUCUACUAAAAUUAUUAUGUAUAUCAGCCGAAAUGAGUUAUAUACAACUUGCUAAUGCUUUAGGAAAAAAACUUAAUAAAACAUUUUUAAAAGAGUAUUUAAAAAUAGAUAAAUGGUUUUAUAGUCCUUUAUGGUUAGCGGCCGAAAAUUCACACUUGGAUGUUAUACGAAUUCUCGUAGAAAAAUUUUCUUACGAUACCAAUUGGAAGGAUAAAGAUAACAAUACUUUAAUUGUUCGUAUAUUUCAAGAGGAAAAUUUUAAUGUUCUCAGGUCUUGUUUAAAAUUAGGUAUCAUUGAUGUUAAACUUUAUAAGGAUAAUCUAAUAGAAUAUUUGCCACUAUUUGAAGCUCUUUAUAGGUUUGCCCCAUCUGAUGUGAUUAAAUUGUUAAUAGAAAAGACGGAUAGUGAUCUUGUUAAUACGUUUAAGAAUUCUUAUUAUUCUGUUCAUAAUAUUAGUAUACCUUUGUUCAAAUAUGAUAAGGAAAUAACAGAGCUAGCUAUAAAAAAAGGUAUUAAUUUUUCUAAAGCUAUAAAUCGGUUGCUUUUAGAAUUUAGCUCUGAGAGUUUAAAUCAUCCUACAAUGUCACUGACAUAUGCUCAUUAUAGUAAACCUCUUUUUCAUUCUGAUCAAGAGUUUUUGAAUUUUUUUGAUAGAAUAGAACUAUUACUACAAUAUGGUAUAGGGUAUAACUGUAUAGUUACUGAAAGUGAAACAAGAAUACAGUCAUAUACCGAACAUACCCUAAAAUAUGCUGAGCAAAUAUACUACAUCCAUAAACUUUUAGAAAGAGUACAUAAUUUACAUAGUUACGAUAAAAGUAGCAAUCCACUAGACACAGUACUAAAAUUAAUUAUAAAUUGUAUUAGUAGGUCUUCUGGCUUUAGAGGUUAUGAAAUUAUAAAUUCAAGUAAAAUAUACUUAUUAUUUAGUGAUAAACCAUCGAAAUAUAAUCAAAAAAUACCUCUUCUGUCAAAUUUUUUACUAAAUCUUGAUUUUGAGUCUAAUGAAGAAAGUAAAACUAAUCUAAUAGAAAAUAAUUUGGAUAAAUUACGUUCUUAUGUAAGUAAAGCAAAAGAGGAAAUUGAGCAAUUUAAAAAGUAUCUUGAUAGCAAGAUUUAUAAUAAUAUAUUAAUUGGUUAUGAAGAAAUGUUUGAAUACUCAUAUUAUACAUUUUCCAAUAAAGAAGAGCAAGAAGAUCAAUAUAAAUCUCUUAAUAAGUUUGUGAAAUUUUUGCUGCAACGGGUAUUAGAGUUGUACAUAAGACACGAUUAUGAGAUUGAUGAUGCAUUAAAAGAGGUAUCAGAAGAAGUAUUGAAAUUGAAAAAAAUAAUAAAUAGGUUAAAAAAAAAUUCAGAUGAUAAAAAAUAUGAGACUUAUGAAAUAUUAGAUAUGUUAGGUAUGAAAAGCAUAGAUACAAAUGAAGACUUACAAGAUUUGAUAUUAAAAAUCUAUGAUUGUGGCGGUAUUACAUUAUUAAGUACUUCUUUGUCGAAUUUAAGUCGUAUAAGCCAAAAAAAAAUAAUGGGAAUAUUAGAACUGAUGUUCAAAUUUUCUGAUCAAUCAUUAAAAACUUUUGAAUUAUUAAUGAAACUUGAUAGUCCAUAUAAAGCUCUUACUAAGGCUAUUGAAAACAAAAACUAUCAAGAGAUAAAUAAUAUAUUACAAAAUGUAAAACUUGAUUUUAUAAAGGCGAUUAUUAACGGUCAAGAUGAUAAAUAUGGCUCACCAUUACACUAUGCUGCUUGUAAAGGAGAUUUAAAAACCACCCAAAUUCUUUUAAAAUAUGGAGCUAAUCCUAAUCUUGAACUGACAGAAAAUUGUGAACUAUUAUUAUGCACUACAGAAGACACUGAAGAAGAUGUGGUAAUGUAUGAGAACAAUUAUUAUGUGACUGGGACUCCAUUACACUUAGCAGUGCUAAAUGAUCAAUUAAAAAUUGCUGAGAUUUUAUUAAGUCACGGUGCUGAUGCUCACGUUAAGGAUACAUAUGGAAGUACACCACUGCAAUGGGCUACUCGGAAAGGUUUCUCAAGAAUGGAAACAUUACUGUUAGACAAGGACUGGAACCUUAAUGAUUUUUACGGUUCCAGUUUCGGUUAGGUUCUUAAAAGGACUAAAAUUUUGGUUUCGGUUUUAAAAAAAAAACUAGUAUUUUGGUUCCGGUCCCUUUUCGAUUUUUAAAUUUGGGUUUCGGUUUUUUUUCGAUUCUUAAAAAAUGAAAAAUAAGUUUCCUGUUUUAGUUUUAUACUACUGUAAAAAAAAAUUGGUUGUGUUUCGAUUUUUUUUAAAUAUAUUAUAAAAUAUUAGGAGUGUAAAUUGGCAUCAAUUGUGACAGGUCAAUACCAAUUUUCAACUAGAUAUCCUACCAAUUGUUUAGGACAAAGAAAAAGACUAAAUAAGUAAAACAAUUACUAAACACUAACAAUUAAUGCACAUAACCCCGUUUUAAAUUACCCUUUUUGUUUUUAUAUAAUUUUUUAUAUCUAGUUAAUACUUUAAUUGUUAUGUAUUAAUUACUGAUUAUCGCACUUAUUAUAUUAACUAUCAGUAUUUUCGGUAUUUCAAAUU